UGAUAAAAAGGAUAUGGAAUUUUUGUUGGGGAAAGAGAAAGAGGAAAGGAAGGGAGAAGAAGAAAAUCCAUUAAAAUGGUUGUGUAAAUCAAAUGAGGAAUUUGAAAAGAAAAUUAAUGAAUUAAUUGGGGCGGCAGAAUUGUUGUUAAAUGAGUGGAGGGAAAUUAGAAAUUUUUACAAAAAUAAUUAG